CUGAGAAGAGCCCGAGAACAAGAGAGGAGAGGACACAAGAAGAAGAGAUACCUGACAGAAAAGUGGAGCAAACAAGACAGAAAGUCAUCACCAGGAAAUUGGGAUACAGUAGAUUGAAGGAGAAUCCAGUUGAGAGCUGACCAAUAAAAGAACACUGAGGAGAGAGUGAUUUUCAGAGAGAAUUUCAACUUCUUACCUGUCUGUGUGGAAGCACCGUCUCCAGCAUGUUCCUCCUCCUCUCGCUGUGCAUGUGUGGUCUCCUGCUGCGAGGUGACGCACAGGACCGGGCUGCUCUGUGGAGAGGAAACGACCGAAGUGGACGAUGCCAGUACACCUUCACUGUGCCCAGCCCCGUCGAGGCCAGCUGCCCGCAGACCGGGGGCCCCGAGGUGGAGGGCCUGAAGGCUAGACUCAACCUGCUGGAGGUGCUGGUGUCCCGGCUGACUGGAGGGGAAACUGGGAGUCCCCAAGGAGCUGCAGCCAGAGCUCAGUCUGGGCUUCAGGAGGCGCUGACCAGAGUCACGGGUGAGAGGAACCUGCUGCAGGGGGAGAAGGAGCGUCUGGAGAAGGAGCUGGGGGGGCUUCAGCGCAGGAUGGAAGAGAUGAGGAGGGAGACAGAGAGGCUGAGGAACAGACCAUGUCCUCCACAGACCCCCGUGGUGCCACCAAGCUCCCCUCUGCAGGACAGUGGCCUGACGAGACCUGCUGGGGGUUCCAAUCCCAUAUCUCACCUCAUGACCAGGCCCAACAGGCAGGGAGACAGCAGCAGUUUGAGAGACUCAGCGUGGCAGUACGGAUCUCCAGGCUUCCAGGAGCUGAGGGCUGAGGUGACAGAGGUGCCCGCUCCUGAUGCAUCUGAGGACAACACAGGUUGUGGGGAGCUGGUUUCAGUCGCUGAGCCGGUCACUCACAGAAAGGCGGACAACAUUGCAGGUAAAUAUGGUGUUUGGAUGCAGGACCCCGAGGCCGUCUCUCCAUAUGGACCCAACAUGGUCUGGCGCAUUGACACCAUAGGCUCUGACGUCAGACAGCUGUUUGGGUAUGACGACAUGGAACAACUCUCUAAAGGCUUCCCAUCCAAGGUCCUGGUGCUGCCAGAGCUGGUGGAGAGCACCGGCGCCACUCUGUACCGAGGCUCUCUGUAUUACCAGAGGCGUCGCAGCCGCUCCAUUAUCCGCUUCGAUCUUGCUUCUGAGACCACCGCAGCCCGCCGUGACCUCCCCCACGCCGGCUUCCACGGCCAGUACCCCUACUCCUGGGGCGGCUACACGGACAUCGACCUGUCUGUGGAUGAGAACGGGCUCUGGGCCGUCUACUCCACCAGUAAAGCCAAAGGCGCCAUCGUGAUCUCACAGCUGGACCCACACAGUCUGGAGGUGAAGAGGAGCUGGGAGACCAACAUCAGGAAGAACUCUGUUGCCAACUCCUUCAUCAUCUGUGGCAAGCUGUACACCGUGGCCAGCUACACGGCGCCUGAUACCAUUAUCAACUACGUGUACGACACCGAAACCAGCCAGGGGAAGCCCAUCGCCAUCCCCUUCAGGAACAAGUAUCGCUACAACAGCAUGAUCGAUUAUAAUCUGGCUCAGAGGAAGCUGUUCGCCUGGGACAACUUUCACAUGGUGUCCUAUGACAUCAGGCUGGGGCGCCAGCAGGCCAACUGAGGCCGCCAUGAGUGACUGUUGAAAAGCACCAAGUGCUCACCUGUUCCUGCCCCAAAGACUCGAAGCAUUAGAGCAUAAAGUGUGUGGUAGUAGUAGUUACAAAGACAACAACGUGUAGAAAAAUCUAACUACCAAACUCCAAAGUGAAGACGUUUCAGGAACAGUGUCCCCUGCAGGUGUGCUUUUUAUUUUCUUCAGUGGGAGGGCUUCUGCUGUGGCACGGCCCACACGCAUGUUUUUAGAGGAAUUAUUUUUGUACCGCCUUUAACUCAGAUGUAUAAUUUUGUUGUUUUCUUGAUAAGCUAUAUAUAUAUAUAUUUGAGGACUGAAAGAUGAAUACAUUUUACAAGCUAAGUGGGAUAAUCAAUGCAUACAAUUUACAAACAAACUCCUGUGGUACUAAAAGCCUUGCAGUGUUUCACCAGUUAACAUCUUAUAUCAAAUAAACUGCUCUCUCACUCAGCAUGUAUUGAAAGUUGCAUGUACUUGUACACUGUAGUCAACACAAUGACAAUGUUCAAAAAUCAUUAAAUAAACUUAUUACUAAAUUAAA